AUGGACAAGAACCUUGCAGUGGGUCAUUUACUGGCUUGGGAGGAGUCGGCUAGCUCCUUGCGUCGCAAGAGUUCAGACAGCGAGUUGGCCGAGCAGAGCUCAACCACUCCGAGCGACCAGAAAUCCCGAGAGGCCAAGAGUGCCCCAUACCGAGAUGCACGCUACGAGACUCUGAUUGCAACCAAGGGCAGUUUCAUGGGGAAAUACCAUCUCGGCAUCAGUGACGCCAGCAAGAUUACGUGUCAAAAUCUCCUCGAGACGCAGCAGUCAGUUCCUGGAGACACAAUGUUUCACGACGAUCUAUUCGAAGAGACUUGUGAAGCUAUUCGAAAUAGGAAUGAGGCGCGAGUGAUUCGGGACAUCUCGCUAUUAGUCGUCCCCUCUACGGAGAGUCUGGCGAUUCGUGGCGACAAGCAUCUCCGCUGUCUGAUUGAAAGCGUCAACGAGGGAUGGAACAACAGCAUCCCGCUGACCGGGACUCGGCCACAGCCUGACUAUGCAGUCGGCUUCCGUCGAGAGGCGUUCACUGAAGAGCAACUCGCGAAGCUGCAGCCUUUCGUGGGCGACCUUUAUGAUCAGUCCUUCUUCAUGGCGACUUACUACCUCUACUUCCCAUUUCUGACUUGCGAGGUCAAGUGCGGUGCCGCGGCGCUCGACGUGGCAGAUCGCCAGAACGCUCACAGCAUGACGCUCGCCGUCCGCGCGGUUGUAGAGCUGUUUCGACUGGUCCAACGCGAGAAAGAGCUGGACCGCGAGAUCCUUGCCUUUUCGAUCUCUCACGAUCACCAAUCCGUUAGGAUCUAUGGCCACUACCCUGUCAUUGAGGCGACGAAGACAACUUUCUACCGACAUCCGAUCCGUAAUUUCAGCUUUACCGAGAGGGAAGGUAAGGACAAGUGGACAGCGUACAGCUUCACGAAGAAUAUCUAUCGCACCUGGAUGCCGACUCACUUCAAGAGGCUCUGCUCCGUCAUUGAUGCAUUGCCUCCUAAUCUAAACUUCGAGCUAUCACAGCAGUCAGAACUACAUUUUUCUGAGCAGACCGGGCUUUCUCAAGAUCUUGCAAAUCAGGAUCUGUCGGCGUUGUCAGCACAGGGAGAUGAUAGCCAGUUGCAGCCGCUAGAGCAAUCGGAUACCCCCGAUACUUCGUUCACGAAAGAUUCGACACGGGGAGGGACAAAGAAAACUAAGAGGGGCCGUCGUUGA